AUGCAGGUUUAUGCCAAGAAACUGCCUCUCUCACCACCUACACACUCUAAGGCUCUCCGCACACCCACACACGCACACUACAUGCCGCCACCUACAGCACCUGCAACUAUAGCACUUACACAACCUGCUGCCUUGGCACAUGAAAACUAUCAGUACCAUCUACUCACCCUCGAUGCAGGGGUUCAUCCUCCUCCUCCCUCCCUCGCGCCCACUCCAUCUCCUUCUUCUUGCACCAGUUCAGUCCAGUCCACUGCAUUACGUUGCCCAAAGGAAGCCAAAGCAGUCGUCACUUGCACAUGGGAGCACUCACAAAGCCUCAAUGCUCUCCAGGAGGUGGUCGCUGUUGCCAAAAACAAAACCAGGGGCAAUACGUUAGACCGCACACCAACCACCAAGCUCAUUAACCUGCAACUACUAGUGGGGAUACGUCGUCUACGUCAUUAUGGCGCAGUAUCCACCACACCAACAGACGCUGUGUCCCUCGGUACCGAAAACGCACCUUUACCACGCCACGCCACGCCACGUCAUUCCACCAAGUCAUUGUGGAGUCCCGCCGAACCAGUCAUCCUCCCAAGCCACAACACGACCACCACCAUGUCAACUUCACGCAUGUCACACUGUUCAAUUCAGUCCGUGACGGAGAUCACGAAGGAGAAGUGGAAGAAGAAGACGCUGAAGAAGACACAGCAAACUCAUCCACCUAAACCACCUAAUCACAAUAUCAAAUAA